AUGCUCUGCACUUAUUAUGAAGAAGGUCCAGAUUCUAAUGCAUUCAAAUUAGCUAAAGAAAGAAUCAUUGAUUAUUUAUGGAUGACUUCUGAAGGAAUGUUGUCAAGUGGUACUAAUGGUACUCAAUUAUGGGACACUGCCCUUAUGUCUCUUGCUUUAGUAGAUACAGGAUUAGCAGAAGAUCCAACAUUUCAUGAAUCAUCAAUACAAGCAUUAAAGUUUAUAGAUUAUUCUCAAUUUAGAAAAGAUCCUGAAGAUUAUUCAAGGUGCUAUAGAGAACCGACUAAAGGAGCAUGGGGAUUCAGUACGCGUGAUCAAGGAUAUUUUGUAACAGAUUGUACCUCUAUAGGAUUAAGGUCGACUCUUAAUUUUCAAAAUAAAUUGAGUUACACACCAAAACUAAUAUCUGAAGAACGUAUGCGUCAAGCUAUAGAUCUUUUAUUAGCUGUUCAAAAUAGUAAUGGAGGUUUUGCGAGUUAUGAAAAAAUUCGUGGACCAUCAUUUUUAGAAUGGAUAAAUCCAGCUGAAAUAUUUGGAAAUAUCAUGAUUGAAUAUAAUUACCCUGAAUGUACAUCCAGCGUGAUAACAGCAUUAAGUUUAUUCUCAAAGUAUUAUCCAGAUUAUCGUGCAGAAGAAAUCAAAGAAACCUGUGAAAAUGCUAUAAAAUAUAUUCACAAUUCACAGCGUAAUGAUGGAAGUUGGUAUGGAUCAUGGGCUAUUUGCUUCACUUAUGCUGCAAUGUUUACAAUGGAAUGUUUGGAAGCUUUCGGAGAGACUUAUGAAAAUAGUGAAAGCGUCAGAAAAGGAUGUAAAUUCUUAAUUUCUAAACAAAGAAAAGAUGGUGGAUGGGGUGAAUCAUUUAAAUCAUGUGAAUUAUCAGAAUAUAUUCAACAUAAAGAAUCGCAAGUCGUAAAUACUUCAUGGGCAAUACUUGCUUUACUGUAUGCUAAAUAUCCAAACGAGAAAGAUAUCCGUCGUGGUAUUCAGUCCAAUAUUUAG